UUAUUAACUUAGCCAUCACGCUUAGAAUGGAAUACAUUUAUCAACUUAGAGGAACAGUUUGAGACCAAAAUCAACCAAAGUUCGGUUCUGACUUCACAGGAUUCCAAGAACCUGAACCCCCUUAUUUCUCAUCAGCCAGUUACGAGAUUUUGGCUACGACCUAUUGUUUGUGAGAUGUUCCUGCUACUUAUGAAUCCACUAACCUUGCUGCUUACGAGCAUAAUUUUCACCAGGAUGUAAACAUGAUGGCUGAUCCUUCCAUCCCCUUGUUUGACCCAGAACUUGAAAAUUGAAACUUGGACUUGCAGUCGAUGACAAAAGAAGAGAUCUACUUUGAACUUCUUAAAGGCUACAGAUACCAAACUCUUUCAUACUUCGAUGCCAAGAAGCAGCGCGAAGUGCCUCUUUAUCAAUGUGGAGCACCUGGAUGUGGAAAAGUUCUGCAGAAACCCUGGAGCCUCCUAGACCAUGUCAGGAUGCAUGCAGGCGUCAAACCCUAUGUGUGUCAAUGGUGUGGUAAGGCCUUCACUCAGAAGGGCAACUUAAAGAAGCAUGUCAGACAGCAUAUCAGGCCAGAUGUCAACGACCGCAAGAGGUACAACUGCAGGUACUGUGAGAAAGGAUACACAGAGAGAUAUAACCUAAAGACACACAUGAGGAAGUGCCAUCCUGACAAAUAAGCCGCACUUUGUCGUAGCAGAUGCCUGGCAGAAAAUCACUUUAAUUUCUCCUAAACUUCAAUAAAA